GCAUAUGUGAUGGAAUUUCAAAAUCAUGAUGUCAGGGAGUUUGACAUGUCUGAUUUAGGAAGAAGAGGUAUUUUCUUGGAAUAGAGGUUGUGCAAAAUUCAAAUGGAAUUUUAUUUGUCAAAGAAAAUAUACUCAUGAGAACUAGCAAGGUUUUGGCAGGGAGAAUAGCAAUGCAGUAAAGAAUCCUAUUGUCCCAGGUACAAAACUGUCAAAGGAUGUUGCAGGGACUAAAAUUGAUCCAACCAUGUUUAAGCUAGUAGUUGGCAGUCUAAUGUACUUGACUGCAACUCGUCCAGAUAUUAUGUAUGGAGUAAGUUUAAUUAGCAGAUUCAUGUCUUGUCCAACUGAAUCACAUUGGGUGGCAGCAAAACGCAUAUUAAGGUACUUAAAAGGUACCACUGAACUGGGCAUUUUUUACAAGAAGGGUGGCAGCACAAAUGUUGUGGCUUAUUCUGACAGUGACUUUGCUGGGGACUUGGAUGAUCGUAGAAGCACUUCUGGAUCUGUGUUUUUACUUGGCUUUGGAGCAGUUUCAUGGUCCUCUAAGAAACAACCUAUAGUAACAUUGUCUACUACUGAGGCUGAGUAUAUAGCAUCUGCCUCUUGUGCUUGUCAAUGUGUUUGGAUUAAAAGGAUAUUGGAGAAGCUUGGCCUUAACGAGCAGAACAGUACGUUAAUUCUGUGUGAUAACAAUUCAACCAUACAAUUAUCCAAGAAUCCAGUGUUUCAUGGGAAAAGCAAACACAUUGAUAUAAGGUUUCAUUUUUUGAGAGAUUUGGUGAAGGAUGGAGUUGUCAGGAUGAGCUAUUGCAAAUCACAGAGUCAAAUUGCAGACAUUAUGACCAAGCCUCUGAAACUGGAUCAAUUCUUAAAGCUUCGUAGUAUGCUUGGCAUGAUUGAAAUUUCAAAAUUAAACUAGAUGUCAUAGCAUAUAGUUUAAGGGAGGGAAUGUUGGUUGGUUUAGGAGAUAUUUAUUUUAUGUUAGUCUGUUUCCAGUUUGUUAAAAUAAGUUGUGCAAUCCUAUUUU